AUGGCACCAAUGCAAUUGGAUACGGCAGCCAGUUCGUUCUCGAUGCCAAUCCCGGAAUUACCCGCCGACACGAAGCUGGUCUACCUGGCUGAAGGCGGUGCAAAUAUUGUCUAUAGGAUGGUCUUUCCGGAAACUGAUAGGACGAGUCGGGAGGCGGGAAACGUGGGACACCGAACCAUUUUCCAGGGCAAGCUUCUGCGGCUGAGGAAAAGAAUAGAUUCGGGUACACCCUAUACUGAAACGGCCAGGAAUUUCGAUACUCAGAUCAAGGCGCUUUUCCGGGACAGUGAGCUUGGCUUCGCCGUGGCUUGCAAUGAACGGUUGAGGGAAGACGAGGCAAACGGCCGGCGACCAAAAGCUCGGCAUGGAGUUUACCUCUCUACCAAAGAGCCCUUUGGACUGCUUAUCACUGACAUGAGCCCGGCACCGGGGUCAGGCGAAAGUCUCUGGGAGUUUAAGCCGAAAUGGCUACUGCAAUCCCCGUCGGCACCUCCGAAUUCCAAGAGGUGCCGUACUUGCGCAUUGCGAGAACGGAAGAAUUACCAGGCGUGGCAGAAGGGAGAGAAAACACGUCGCGGAUUCUGCCCACUCGACCUUGUCUCCGGCGACUUCGAGGCCGUGCUUCGUGCCGUCCAAUCGAUGAAAGGCCCACAGCAUGGCAGAGUCGGCGUUGCGAAGUUCUUACAUCAGAAUCCGACGCUUUUAAAACUUCGAGAAAGUCAACAACGGAUGAAUGCGGUCGGCCUACCCGGGCUGGAGGCCGAUUAUCGCGACCGAGCAGUCUCAAUGACGCUGCGAGACUGCACAAUGUUUGUAAAGGUUCCGCGCGACGAGAAUGCAACACCUGAAGUUCGUCUCGGAGACCUUGAUUUCAAGAGCGGCAUAGGCGGGAAGCUGGAGUAUUGGCGAGAUGUUGAAACACAACUCAUCAACGAGGGAUGGUACAAUGGGAUCGACACGGGCAUAGAAAACGGCCAUUGUUCCUUGCAGGAUCUACACAAGAAAGCCAAAGCGGAAUAA